AUCGAUUACAUCGAGCAUAAAGAAACAGGAAAACAUUGUAUUUAUAAGUCUGAGAAACAACGCUACCAAAAUUAACUGCGUAGUUGUACAGUAAUAAGUGCGUACGAUAGCGAAAAAUUGUGUAGUUCAACUCAACCAAACCCCCCGCAUAAGGCAACAGAAACCACUAAAAAAAACGACAGCAGCAACUGCAACAACAACGAUAUGGCGACCCGCAAGAAAUCUUUGCUGAAAGUCAUUAUAUUGGGAGACAGUAGCGUGGGCAAAACAUCGCUUAUGAACCAAUAUGUAAACAAACGAUUCUCUAAUCAAUAUAAGGCAACAAUUGGAGCAGACUUUUGCACAAAAGAAGUAGUAGUCGACGAUCGCGUGGUCACAAUGCAGAUUUGGGAUACAGCUGGCCAGGAGCGCUUUCAAUCACUUGGUGUUGCCUUCUAUCGUGGCGCCGAUUGCUGCGUGCUGGUCUAUGAUGUGACGGCACCAAAUUCAUUUAAGAAUCUAGAUUCAUGGCGUGAUGAGUUCUUGAUACAGGCCAGUCCGAGGGAUCCCGAACAUUUCCCAUUUGUUGUUCUGGGCAACAAGGUGGACCUGGAUAAUCGUCAAGUGUCUACACGACGUGCACAGCAAUGGUGCCAAUCGAAAAACGACAUACCUUAUUAUGAGACUUCUGCCAAGGAGGGCAUAAACGUGGAAAUGGCGUUUCAAACUAUAGCCAAAAACGCGCUGCAACAGGAGGCGGAGGCUGAGAUUUAUAACGAAUUCCCCGAUCAGAUACGCCUAAACUCUGAUAGAAAUAAUCGUCCUGGCAAUGCUGACAACUGUCAAUGCUAAUAGAAUCGAUUGCAGAACUAACUUCAGAAACAAAAACAGUAACAACGCAAAGUGGAUAAUUAAACAAUUUAUAUUAUUAAUGUGCAGCGUAAUAUUGAGCAUAAAAGCGAAUUGGGAAAAACUAAAAUUUGAGAGCGUGUUGUAACCUUAAGUGAAAUAAUUUCAGCAACUAAAGUGGUAAUAAGAUGCUAAAUUCAAGACAACUUAACGCAUUACAGCAGCAGAUUUAAAGGGCUUUUGAGAAGAAUCCAACCCUACCUACGUAACCGCUAUACUAUAUUAAAGUAUAGACGCUUGACGGACACACAUACACAUGAAUAUGGUCUAUUUACUCGUAUUACCCCAUACAUUUAAAAACAUACCUUUUACAUAUUCUGCAUGCCCUCCUAGUACUAUUUUGCCAUUAAUUAGUAAAAUUUUUGCACGCAAGUGGCUGUAGCCCCUGCAACGACAGCAGCAACAAAAAUCUAAAAAAGAAAAAACAAAAUCUUGUGAUUGUAAAUUUAAUAAAACAUAAUAGACAACUUUUAA